CGGCACCGCCUGCGUGCACACAGUCGGCGGCCGCGCGCAGCACUCUGGGCCCGGAUGGCGGCUCUGGCGGUUGGAAAGGGGGCUUUCCGGGAGGAGGAGGGCACCGGUGGGGACGCAGCGGCUCCGCAGCCCCAUGCCCCGACGAGUGCGCCCGGGGCUCGUCUCUCGAGGCUGCCUCUGGCGCGAGUGAAGGCCUUGGUGAAGGCGGACCCCGACGUGACCCUCGCAGGACAGGAAGCCAUCUUCAUUCUGGCACGAGCCGCGGAACUGUUUGUGGAAACCAUUGCAAAGGAUGCCUACUGUUGUGCUCAACAGGGGAAGAGGAAAACCCUUCAGAGGAGAGAUUUGGAUAAUGCAAUAGAAGCUGUGGAUGAAUUUGCUUUCCUGGAAGGAGUGGCUGGAAACUAUAGGACCUGCCAGCAAUUUCAUCUGGAGUGCAGAAAAAGAACAAGUACACAAGAGGGGGCUGGACCGAAGCUCUGGUGGCAACUGUGGAAGUGAUGGUACAGAUCUCCCUUCAGGAGAGGCCCGGCAGUGGACGUGUCAUCAGCUGCCUGCCUCCAGCUGCUGUGCCUUCAGGGACCACCACAGUGUUCAAGAACAGACCACCCUCUCCCCGGAGAGCUCCCAGUCAGUGAUCCAGCAUGUUGAGGGUACCAGGCCUGCCCAUUUCUGCCCGCUGGGGCUUUUCUCUGGGCACCCUUUGCACACUGGUGGACCAGCUGAGACUUUCUCAGGGCUGCACCUCAUAUGGAAGCUCCUCCUGCCCAAUCUUCCCCUCCCCACUUUUUCACAGGUGUCAGAUCUGCAUAGUGGUCUCAAGGCCUCCCCUGCUUACCUUCCUCACCACUUAUCUUUCCCAAGUGUUC